AUGUACCAUGAUGAUUUUAAAUUAUCGGAUUUGGACACAUUCUACCAGAUAAAAGUGUCACAAAUAUUGAUGUCUAAACCCGUUAAUUCCCAGCCAUCACAAUCAUCCAGUCUGAGUGAAGAGUCGGACCGAAAGUGUCGUGAAUUGUGUGAAGAGAUGUCGGCUCUGAAGGCAAGCAAUGAGUCCGAAGUGAAGGCAUUGAAAGCACAGCUCAAGACAUCCAACGACUCAAUGCAUACAAUGACUGAAGAGAUGGAAAGUUUGAGACAACAAUUGAUAACAUCUGAGAAGAGUAAUCAAGAAAUGGUCGCAGAUUUGAGUGAAUUGUCGGAUCAAAAAAGUUGUUUAACUCAAGAGAUAUCGGAUUUGAAGGCGAAGAAUGACACAGAAGUACAGCUCAAGACAUCAUUGAAUUCAAUGGAGACAAUGGUUACCGAAAAUAAUAAUUUGAAACAAACAGUGUUUACAUUAUCGUCAUUAUUCACUUCAAACAUGAGUAAUGAAAAUAUGGGCGCAGAUUUGAAGCACAAAUUGUGUGAAAUGUCGACAAAAAUUAAUGAAUUGAGUGAAGAGUUGUCGGCAUUGAAGGCAUCCAAACAUAUCAUUGAAUCGGAAGUCAAUACUUUGGCUCAAGAACUCAAUGCACAGAAUAUUAGGCAUUCAGUGAGUGAUUCGUCUUCCAGUUGUUCAUCGAUCGGAUCCCACAAUCAAUUGAUCACUAAUUCAGACAAAACCAGAAACGAGAUCAAUAGUGGGGAAUACAAGACACUAAUGGCUGAACACAAGUCACUCCGGAAGCGAUACUCGGAUCUCGUGGUCACUCACGAAGAAUACGUAUCGACGCUCGAGUCGGCUCAGGAGGAGAGUCGCAGAUACAGGAAGUGCUUCGAAGAGAGCACUCAAGAGCGCAACUUUGCCAUCAUUGAGAGGAAUGGACUCAAACAACAGUGCACUCAAGCCAUCAAACAAUGGGAUAAAGCUCUUCGAGAGGUCAACGAACUGAAGGAACAGCUGACCAGAUGUGAGCGCCAGAGGAAUGAGUCCAUGAAAGAGAGCAAAGCGGCCAAAGAGAUUCAUCACAGCUAUCCAUCGGAUGUCUCCACUUCUAGGGCUCAGACGGUUUCGACGACGAGCGCACCACUAGUGCCGUCGCCGGCCAAUAGCCCGGUGUGUCCGGACACGAGUCACCCGACGUUCAAAUCAAGCGGUGAUACCAUAGAUAAGCCGAGCGCUGAGUUGGCGUCACUUCGCAAACAAGUGGUGCGCUUACAGACAGAGCUCAGGGAAGCGCACAACGAGGUGGAGGUCUGUGGGCGUCGACGCGUUUGGGCUCUCAAUGAAAGGGACAAAAUGAAGGCUUUGGUCACUGAGAAUGAGAUAUCGUUGACAGCACUCGAAGGCAUCAGACAAUCGAUCAAAGACUCGGAUGACAGCGAAUCCGUGGCCAGUGUUGGCACGCAUUCAAAAUAA